CUGCUCCACUGGUUUUGGAUGGAGUAGACCUAAAGCUACUCUCAAUCAAGGUUAAUGGAAAGGAACUAAAGGAGGGGGAGUACUCCUUAGAGUCACGCCAUUUGACACUUCCAUCACCACCCAAUGGGACUUUUACCUUGGAAAUUGUUAAUGAGAUAUACCCUCAAAAGAACACAUCCCUAGAGGGGCUUUAUAAGUCAUCAAUGAAUUUCUGUACCCAAUGUGAAGCAGAGGGAUUCAGGAAAAUUACAUUUUAUCAGGAUCGCCCUGAUAUCAUGGCAAAAUACACUUGCCGUAUUGAAGCUGAUAAGUCAUCAUACCCAGUGUUGUUGUCCAAUGGAAAUCUAAUAGAGAAUGGGGAUCUUGAGGGUGGCAGGCAUUAUGCUCUAUGGGAGGAUCCCUUUAAGAAACCGUGCUAUUUAUUUGCUUUAGUUGCUGGACCACUGGAGAGCAGGGAUGAUAUAUUUGUUACUCACUCUGGAAGGCAAGUGUCCCUGAGGAUCUGGACCCCAGCACAAGAUGUACCAAAGACUGCACAUGCGAUGUAUUCACUGAAGGCAGCUAUGAAGUGGGAUGAGGAUGUCUUCGGUCUUGAGUAUGACCUGGAUCUCUUCAAUAUUGUUGCUGUUCCAGACUUUAACAUGGGAGCCAUGGAAAACAAGAGUUUGAAUAUUUUCAAUUCCAAGCUUGUUUUGGCUUCUCCAGAAACUGCUACUGAUGCAGAUUAUGCUGCAAUUUUGGGUGUUAUUGGACAUGAGUAUUUUCACAACUGGACUGGUAACAGGUUGGCUAUCUAUUUUGCCAUUUGUGUCUCUUUAACUAUUUCCUUAAUUAGUAACAUGAACAUGAUAUUUGUGAUCUAUUUUUGGUAUGAUUUUAACUUUUGAUUAGUCCUAAUAAGCACAACGAGAACAUUGAAUAAGCAUCAUUAUAUUCA